AUGGCGGCGCACGAGCAGCGGAGCCGCGACUACCUGCGGCGCCACCGGCUCCCCGAGCUGGUGCAGCGCCUCGCCGCGCUGCUGCUCUACCACCGACCCGAAAAGCCACGCGAGUUCCUGAUCCAGGUGCUGGAAAAGGUGAAGGCUGGAAAACGAGACGAGAGCGAGUACCCUUACCUCAUGGACGAAGGCGACCUGGAGGCCAUGUUCAGCUUGCUGGAUGUUGUAGACCAAGGCCACAUAAGGGCAGCACAAUACAGAGAAGCUCUUAAAACUUUGGGACUGAGCACUGAAGAUCUACAGUUUGAAGAUGAUAUGAAUAUCACACUGGAUGUAUUCAAGGAAGAAGUAUGUAUAUAUCCACUUUCUCUGCAAGCAUUUGCCAGAAAACUUUGA